AUGGCCGACACCAUCUUCGGCAGCGGGAACGAUCAGUGGGUUUGCCCCAAUGAUCGGCAGCUUGCCCUGCGAGCCAAGCUGCAGACAGGCUGGUCCGUGCACACCUACCAGACAGAGAAGCAGAGGCGAAGCCAGUGCCUCAGCCCAGCAGAGGUGGAGGCCAUCCUGCAGGUCAUCCAGAGGGCCGAGCGACUCGACAUCAUGGAGCAGCAGAGGAUUGGGCGGCUGAUGGAGCGGCUGGAGACCAUGAGGCGGAACGUGAUGGGAAACGGCUUCUCCCAGUGUCUGCUCUGUGGGGAGGUGCUGGGCUUCCUGGGCAGCUCAUCGGUGUUCUGCAAAGACUGCAGGAAGAAAGUCUGCACCAAAUGUGGGAUCGAGGCCUCCUCUGGCCAGAAGCGGCCCCUGUGGCUGUGUAAGAUCUGCAGUGAGCAAAGAGAGGUCUGGAAGAGGUCGGGGGCCUGGUUCUACAAGGGGCUCCCCAAGUAUAUCUUGCCCCUGAAGACCCCUGGCCGGGCUGAUGACCCCCACUACCGACCUUUGCCCAUGGAGCCUGCAGAACGAGAGCCCAGAAGCACUGAGACCAGCCGCAUCUACACAUGGGCUCGAGGGAGAGUGGUUUCCAGCGACAGUGACAGUGACUCGGAUCUCAGUUCCUCCAGCCUAGAAGACAGACUCCCACCCACUGUGGUCAGGGACCCAAAAGAUGACAAACCAUGUGGCAGCAUGGAGUCCCCCAGGAUGGGGCUCACUCGCCCACCUAGCCACCUCUCAGGGAGCCAGAGCAGCCUGGCCAGCGAGAGUGGACCAGGCUCUGCAGACCCUCAGGGGGGCCCCCACCCCGGCCUGACCCCAAGAGCCCUGGCAAAAGACACACCUGGGCAAGUCCCCGCUGCUGACAUGGCCUCUGAGGGUCCCCGCAGCCCACCCUGGGCUGAGGCUUGUUCGGUGCAUGGAGCAGACUUUCCAGUGGAAGAUUCUGAGAGCAAGAGAAAGCUGGAGCCAGACCCCUCCUGGCUCCUUCCUGACCAGUCUCGGUCACCCUGUUGGCCGUGACCACUGACUCAACCAACCAGUGUUUGGGGAUCUGAGUCUGCUGCCCCCACCCAGUGCCUUCCUGCACCCCUUCUCUCCUGAGAGUCCUCCUCACCCACCACUCGCCCCUCCAACCACUCCACUCGGCCACUGACCUUUAUUUAUUGUCCUCCCCUGCCGCCACCGCCAGUCUACCCUGUGUUUGUUUGCUUGUGUCUUGGAUUGGGCUGGAAGGGCCUUCAGACCCAUCGUGUGGGGGCCUUCCCAUAUGCACU